UUGGCGGCAGCAAAGUUGCCCGCUCCCCGCGCUCGCCCGGUUUCUCCGGGUUUGGGUGUGCCUGCCCAGCACCGGUCGGGGGUGUGCUGCGGUGGAUCGUAGCCUAUCCCUUCUCUGACUGUUCGAUUGCAUCAACCCACGAAGAACCCACCCCUCCCCACAGAGAUUAAAAGAACCGGGAGCUGCCGCGCUGCCGGAGUCUAGCUGCUCCACUUCAGUGCAGUAGAGGGAAGUCGUCCCCGUCCCCUUGCACCACCGGAGAUUGGUGGGCGCACGGCGCUGCUGGAAUGGGAACACUGACACCGAACUUCACUGGACUCUGGGGAAACGGCAGCCAGGACAGCGGAUACACCCAGCAGGGACCUUCCACGGAGAUACCUACCUAUGGGAACAACACUAAUAUAUUCGAGCAGCCCUUCUGGCAGAUCGCGCUCUGGUCCAUCACCUACGGCUCGGUUGUGGCAGUAGCCGUCUUCGGCAACCUCGUCGUCAUCUGGAUCAUCUUGGCUCACAAGAGGAUGCGGACGGUGACCAAUUAUUUCCUGGUCAACCUCGCCUUCUCGGACGCCUCUGUGGCCGCCUUCAACACCUUGAUCAAUUUCAUUUAUGCCGUUCACAACGACUGGUAUUUCGGAGAGACUUACUGCCGCUUCCACAACUUCUUUCCCAUCGCCGCCAUGUUCGCCAGCAUCUAUUCCAUGACAGCAAUUGCUGUGGACAGGUACAUGGCCAUUAUACAUCCUCUACAACCAAGAAUGUCAUCAACUGUAACGAAAGUCAUCAUUGCAAGCAUCUGGAGCCUGGCCACCAUUCUUGCAUUCCCUCUGUGCUAUUACUCCAAAAUCAAGCAACUGCCAAAACGUGUUCUUUGUCAACUGAAUUGGCCAGGAGAUUUCAUAUACCAAAUUGCUUUGUUGAUCCUGGGAUACGUGCUGCCUUUGGUUGUGAUGGGUAUCACGUAUGCCAUCAUUGGAAUCACGCUGUGGGGCGGGGCAAUUCCAGGUGAUACAUCAGAAAGCUACCAUGAGCAGCUCAAAGCUAAGCGAAAGGUUGUUAAAAUGAUGAUUGUGGUAGUUUUCACCUUCACCAUUUGCUGGCUUCCCUACCACAUCUUCUUUCUUGUCACCAAACAGUACCCAGAUGUGACUCAAUGGAAGCCCAUACAGCAAGUUUUCUUGGCUGUGUUCUUACUGGCAAUGAGUUCCAACAUGCACAACCCUGUCAUAUACUGCUGCCUCAACAACAGAUUUCGAGCAGGGUUCAAAAAAGCUUUCCAGUGGUGUCCCUUCAUUCAAUUUUCCAACUAUGAUGAACUUGAACUAGAAAUGAACAGAUUUCACCCCACCCGACAGAACAGCGCUUACACAGUCACCCGCAUGGAAUCCAACAUGACAGUGGAGGUUGACACAUCUGAAAGUGAUGGUGCCGAGGCACACAGGAAAAAGGAAUUACGAAACAUGAAUUUCAAUGGACACUCUUGAAAUAAUUCCAAAAACACUUCCAGAAGUUCGAGCUCCUUCAUCCAGACGAACACAUCUUUGGAUGAAUACUUAUAGAGUAACAUAAUGCAUUGUCUCAUAAGUCACCUGGGCUUGCUCAGUUGGUUUUGUUCAACAUGGAGGCAGUUUCUCUAAUGUCACUUUGGCUUAGUUGGUGGAACUCUCCCUUCCUCAGACUCAUAGUCUUGAGUUCAAUCCCAUUUCAUUCUGGAGAAGUGAGCAUAGCUUUUGCUACAUUGGUAUCAUUUGUGUAAGGACAUGGGCCCAGUUCUGAUAGCCUCCACAGGGAGCAAGCAGAGCUCCAUUUCACACUGCUGAUUCCAGCCUGCUGCACAACCGCACUGCUACGGUUCAUUCUUGAUUCUGCAAAUUGGUCUCCAUUGCUGUUUGGAAGUGCAGGAUUUUUAGGAAAGCAACUAGAAAUGGGAUUGAGCCCAUGUGUAGAAUUGUCAAGCCAAUACUCCAUAAAGACCUGCAUAAAGAGUUAGCUUGAUUAAUAAUAAGCUAUCAACCAACAAGUAGAUUAGAUGGGCACUUACUAUUUCUGGCAAACUGCUGUCCACAGUUUUGUCAUCUUUCCCAAAUAAAAGGGCAGUAACGAUACUUAGAAAGUAAUUAACUGAAGCCAGGAGGUUGAAAGUACAGAAUGUAAAGUGCUGUCAAAUUUCACAGUUGUUCUUUUCCUGACCCAAAAAAAGUAAGGAACGAGAAAACAGGGCCAAGGAAUCCUGGAUACCUCGUGGAGUGCUCAGUAAAAGGUGGAUGUGUGUCAUGUGCUAUUUCUGUUCUCUCACUACCAAGACUGUACAUACAGUAUUUUUUUGUUAAAAUAGAAACAUGUUGGCUUUUAAAAUUAUAUUGUUUUUACUUGUUCAUUAAACAUAUUUAAGAGUAAAUGUAUAAAUGGAAAUGUGAUAUGUGCAACAGUUUAUUGUCUACUAGACUGAUCUUUGCAUUUCACAAGUAAUUAUUAGAUUCAUUCACCCCAUUUGAGCUUUACUAAUGGGAGAAUGAAAGUUUUUCUGCUAAGUUCCCUAGGCUUGUGGUUCCUUAAGUGUAUUUUAGAGAAAACAUACAGCAUUUGAAGUAGAGAAAAAGAAGAAAUAAGUUAUCAAAAAAGGAAAAAAAGCAUUUAUUAAUUGUGUAGUAAGUCCAAUAUUUCAAAAUGACCUUCUGAAGUGAAGACAGGAGGAUUUUGUCUGUUGUACAAAGCAGCUAAUUAAAGUGUUAGUGAUGACACAUCAGCAACUAUAAGAGUCAGAAGUUGUUCAGUGCUCAUAGUGACUAACAGACAUUGCCAGCUCCCUAAGGCACUGAGAGAUCUUUAAUAUGACCUGUAGUCAUAUGACUUUUAAUAUGACCCAAUAGUCUCACUGCAUAUUUAGCCAUUCUGUGCAAGAUAUUAGAAUUAGAUCUUAAAUGAGGAUAUUCAUGAUAGCAUACAAUUUGUUUCUAUUUAUUACUGAGUGACAUUGAACUUUAAUCAGUUAAGGUUUAAAAGGCCAUACAAAAUAAUGCCCAAAGCUGUAGAAGAUCUUAUAUUACUGUCUUUUCCCUAUCCCAUCAUAACUGGGUCAUCAUGACAGCAUAUCAUGUUAUAUAAAAGCAGGACAAAUCUGAUCAUUGCUUAUGGAAGACAGAAAAGCCAAAGACAAUAAUUGUUGUAUUUGCAGUUUUAUGUAUCAUGCUGCAAAUUUAUGAACAUUUCAAAGAUAUUAGAUUUUGUUUUCAAAAGAAAGUAGCUACAUAUUGUCUAUCUAUGGUUUCUCAGAGACGUAACAGUUUUUAUGAACUGUUACAUUUAUGAAUGGUUUUUAAUGGAACUCAAUGUCUUACCAGCCUAUUUCAUUAAGGUAGUCGAGAUUCAAGCACGUUGUUGGAACUGCAGUUACAUCUCCUGUUAUUAUGUAAGGAUUUCAGGUUAAUCAUGCUAAUCUGUCAGAAGUCUUCAUUAUUCAGCAGGUUUUAUAGGCUAGUAUCCUAAAAUUCAAGUUUUUAAAUGAGCAACUUUGAGAUUUGGACUUGUGUUUAUUGCACAAACUAAUUUACUGACAAAGGUACAGACUCUUCUGUUCUACGGUACUUUCUUUAAGGUAUCCAUAUCUCAGUGAAAUAAAUUCCAUUCACUACUGAACCCUAAUGAGCACAUCAGCCAUCACAUUACAUAUUACUGACCACUCCUUUUCAACACAUAACAUGUCAUGUGAUCAGUAGUUCAUGAAAUUAAAUAUAUAGACUGUCAUUUGGAAAUGGGUAUGUAGAAUUUAUAUCAAUGCUGUCAGGUGCAUUCCGACUUGAUUGUUGUACUUUCAAGUCCAUGGGGGGGUGGUCUCUGUUUCCCAAUGUGUUUGUCUAAGCAAAUCAAAGCAAUAAAAACCUGAAAGGCUGAAGUUUCAUUGUUCCCAAUUAGAUGGCAAGUUGGAAAAAAAUGCUUUAUUAGAUGGCUAGUGGAUUUCUCAAUAAGUAACUAAAGUGUUCUCUAAAAUCAAGUUUUCUGAAUAGCAAAGGCUACCAUCCCCAGCUGUGUGGCAAAAAUUCUCCCUAGUUGUAAAAUGAGAGUAAUGAACGUUAUCAGAAACACUAAUCACCUCCUCAGCACAGUCCACUUCUGCAUAUCCUCGCCCCUUCCAUUCCCACAACAUGCAGAGGUGCUGAUACUAAUCAGCUGUGCGCAGCAUUGAUGUCCUUGUGACCACACGCUGAAUAUAUUUAAACUGAAGCUUCCAAACUUUGCAAAAUUCUAUUUUUUACAGACAGUCACACCAUGAGACAGUCAUUGUUCUUUUUGGAGUCUGAUGGAUAGUUCAGUGGUUUUACUGUUAUUAUCUAUUUAGACAGAAGCAAACAAUUUUCCAGUACUUUGUUGAAAUUAUUUCUUUCUUUCAGGGUGGAUGGCCUAUUCACUCCAUUUUAUGUUGAUCAUUUCAGUUCAUGCUAGGCUUCAUCAUCACAGAGAGUUGGUGGUCUUCAUGUUAAGAUGAAGCUAGCAAUUUUGACUUCUUUCUCAGCAAAUUCUUAGCCUUCAUCAGUCCUUGAGCAGGUGAGAGUUAUGAUUCUGAUGCUGCACCUGUGGAGUUAUGUAGAAAUCUGUAUUACUCAACAGAAUAAAUACAACAGGGUGGUAGGAAGGUCCAAAUCAAGGUACUGGAGGCAACACCUUGCUGAGACAUCACCUCAGCUGACCCACUAUAUUCACUGUUCAUGAGAUCUGUACAGUGGCAAAUUCAAGUUCAGUUUAGUUGACCCUAUCCUGAACAUCUGUGCCCUGCUUUACUAAUAUUGCAUGUUUCUGAUUCCCAUAUUCUACCAUUGAAUGCUUGGUGUUGUGCAGAUGUAUUUAUUUUCCCUUGUCACUUCUAUUCUGCCAUUCAAUUAUCUCCUGUCCUUUACAGAAGCAUUACAUAAGUCUUCCAAUUCUUUCUCCUAUCACCCAGCACUGCCGUUUCACUUGCUAUUUUCUGAAUCUAUGACAUCUCAGAGUCUUCACAAAAGGACAAAGACUUGAGAAGUCGAGUGUUGUUUCUCCACAGAGUGUGCUUGGUAUAUUGAGUUUUUUUUUCAGAUUUUUCUAAUUCAUUUUACUAAUUAAUCUAUGUGGAGCAUAAUUGUAACGUAAUCUAAAAUACUUCAAUUUUAAAUGUAUUUGAAUGGGGUCAUUAACUUGCAAUGUUGUGUGUAUUGAAAGUUAUUACCACCCAAAGGAUUAGAUUUUUUUACAGCUUACAAUAUUUAAUUCAUGUAAUAUGAACAGAGAAGUAAUGAUGUACAUUCUUUACUGUAAAUCAUUAUUAUUGUGGUUAAUGAAUUUAUGUCCUUCAGUAUUGUUUAUGUGACAAAAUGUGAAAAGUGUGAUCUUAAUAUAUGUUAAUAUGUGUUUCAAAGAUAUUUUUAGCAUGAUUUUAAGUAUACUAUAUAAUGAGAA